AUGAGUGCCGCCCUUACCGACACAGGCACCCUCGACAGCCAAAGUAUUCUUUUACACGGAAAGAUUGAUACAGGGUGGGGCAGUAUCUGGGAUGAAUACAAGCGCGCGGGUGAACUCUGCGCGUGGGCGGCACCCCUCGGUAUCGAGGGGUUUGUGCGCGCCAAUGCCGGAUUUGAGCUCCUUUGGUGCGACUUUCAGCACACCACUGGCCUAGAGCUGGUGCAAACCCUCAACGUCACAGACUGGUGGACGCUAAUGACUGGUGAGGAGAUUGUGGACCCCCCCUGGGGCCAUGGACCGCCCUGUAGUCCUGGUGGCAACCACAGCGGUACCCCUUGCAGAUUGCCGCGAUGGACUCACCGCGAUCCGUCAGAAUAUUUCCCUAGCUGGGACUGGCUGCGAUCAGCCACCGAGCUCUAUGCCGGCAUGGGUGAAGAUCGCGUUUUGCUGGAUACAAGCAAACUGAUAACAGCGUAUGGAGAAGUCGGUCUUUCACAUCUUUUCACCUCGGCGGAUAUGUCAACUCACCGCCUAGUCAACAUUUCCGAGGCAGCGGUGCAACGCUAUCGCGCUAAUAUUGCGGAUCUUUCCAUGAUGAAGAGCAGCGGUAUUGAUUGGCGAAAAAUUGCAGAUGGUCUUACGACACGAUACAACCAGCGACUUCCGGAAAUUGGAAGGCAUCUCGUGAACGGCACGAUGAAUGCACUCAAGACGGCACGGCUGGUGGCAAUCGGCCUUUUGAUGCCAUUUGUAGAGCUCCCUGCAAACUCCACUCAUUCGAUCCUAACUCCGACCAACCGUCAACGGUGUACCCGCGCGUUUACAUCGACGAUCCGCUCGGCCAAGGGACAAAUGCUUAGCCACACGGAGAAAAAGUUGCUCAUCACCAUUGAAACUGUGCACGCCGAAAUAUGCGGCUUUGUGCUUGAAUUCUACCAUGCCUUCCACGAUCUAGUUCCUCGGGAGCGGUCCGAGCCCCCCGACGCACAAGCAGCCCUGACAAGCGCCAAUCAUGAGUGGAAGCAACUCGCAAGAGAAUGGCAUAAGCGUUUGUCGCAGCUCUUGGCAAGGCUGGACUGGAAGGUAUGGAGAGGCUGCCGCAAAGUGUGCGAGCCUAAUGAAAUCUGCUAUCUCCCUGUUUGGCCUCUCGGGAAGAGAGACGGACAGCGCUAUCCAGGAGGUCCAAGGCGUCCGGAGCAGCCGUCGCAAUUCCAGCCGGUCUGCGUCGACAUGCAAUGGUACACUUCACGCGAGGUCCACACGGAGAGAUCAUCUACAACGGGUAUGGAUUAA